CUCCGACAGCCUGUUGCUACGCCACCAAACAGCAGCUGCAGCAGCAGCAGCAGCAGCAGCAGCAGCGGCUCAGCAGCUGGAGGACACGAGGAGUCUCUCACGUCGCGUUUUGCGCAGCGCAGCAACAGCAGCAGCAGCAGCACAAACAGCAGCAGCAGCAGCAGCACAAACAGCAGCAAAAAGUCUUCAUAUGGGGCAGCCGCCUGAGCUUCCCUGGUGGAGCCCCUUCGGACAUCCAAGUGCCCACGGAGGCUGACUCACUCUCCGCCUUCGCCUCCAGCUGGCUAGCCAUUUCCUUUGGGCCAAACUUUGGCGCUGCGCUGACGGGCGAUGGCCGCAGCUGCGUCGUCUGGGGCUCGCUGCAGCAGCAAGACAGCGAGCCAGUGUUUGUCCCUCCGUUUUUGCUGCCGCUGCCAGCAGCAGCAGCAGCAGCAGCAGACGUGCAGUGUUCCUCAACGGAAUUAUUUUUGCUGGACAAGAACGGCCGCGUGUUCGUCAUUGACGACUUUCUGCUGCUGCUGCAGCAGCAACAGCAACAGCAGCAACGGCAGCAACAGCAGCAACAGCAGCAGCAGCAGCAGCAGCAGUUUAGGCAGCUAAAGGGCCUCCCAGUCAGGGGCUUCUUCUCUGGGGACUUUAUUGCUCAAAUGGCCAUUGGGGCAAACCACGCAGCUUUUGUUUCCCGGGAUGGCCGCCUCU